AUGUCGUCGACCGAACCGAACGCGCCGGCGAAGUCGCCUACAGAUGAACUACCGCAACUCUCUACCUACACUGCUGAGACAGAGGAGGACCGAAUCGAAGGCUUACGCUUGGUCGCAGAUUCCGUGGCACAACAGCGCCAGGUCGCCAGCAAGGUCAUGCUGUUCCAUCCAGUUUCACUAGCCGCGUACUUUGUGGUUGUGGCGUUUGCUGCGCAGUACAUGCUACGCUGGUACGAGGACAAAACGAUGCUGGCCACAACCAUUGGAGGCAUCACAAUGACUUUCCUCAUCUUCAUUCGAUGGAUGACCGGUGGCUACAUCGGUAUGGCCGAGGAUAUCAACAUGGAUUGGCUGGGCGAUGACAGGCUCAUCGUGGUGAAGUGGGGUGAGGACGUCAUCGGAUCCUUGGUACUGGGUUGGGCCGAUAAUGAUGCCGCGAAGAAGCGAGGCAGGAGAAGGCGAGGCAAGGCCGUUAUACGCGCUUGGACUGUAAAGUUGAAGUACCGCGGUAAGGGUGUUGGUGGGGGCUUGCUGGAGGAGGCUGUCAAGGUGGCAGGAGAGCGAGGCGCAGAUGGCAUUGUCUUUGAUGCCGACCAUGCCAACUCACAGCGUAUCCUCCCUGCCAUCUUCAACGGUUACCUCAAUAAGCAAGACGCCAAGGCCGAGAAGGCUCUACAAAAGGUUGCGGACGCGAAGGGCAACUUCCGCCAGCGUCAGAGCUCGCCCACUUGGGGCAGCAGGUAG